AUGGGCACAGGGUACCUGUCGGCCUUCCCGUCAGAGUUCUUCGAUUGGGUUGAGGCCAUCAAGCCUGUCUGGGCUCCUUACUACACAAUCCACAAGAUUAUGCAAGGCCUUCUUGAUCAGUACACAGUGGCUGGGAAUUCCAAGGCUCUUGACAUGGUGGUAAAGAUGGCUGAUUAUUUCAGUGACCGCGUGAAGAAUGUCAUACAGAAAUAUAGCAUUGAGAGGCACUGGGAGUCUCUCAAUGAGGAGACUGGUGGUAUGAAUGAUGUUCUCUACCAGCUCUACACGAUAACGAAUGAUCUGAAGCAUUUGACACUAGCUCAUCUCUUCGAUAAGCCAUGCUUUCUUGGGCUGCUUGCAGUUCAGGCUGACAGUAUUAACCGGCUUUCAUUCCAACACACACAUUCCAGUUGUCAUUGGUGCGCAAAUGAGCUGACCAUAAGCCUCAUUUUGAAACAGCAAAUUGCGUCAUUCUUUAUGGAUACAAUAAAUUCUUCCCAUAGCUAUGCAACUGGUGGUACAUCUGCUGGUGAAUUCUGGACUGAUCCAAAGCGUUUAGCUGGGAUUCUGAGUACUGAGAAUGAGGAAUCUUGCACCACCUACAACAUGCUUAAGAUUUCUCGCAACCUAUUCAGAUGGACAAAGGAAAUAGCAUAUGCAGAUUACUACGAAAGGGCAUUGAUAAAUGGUGUUUUGAGCAUUCAAAGGGGGACAGAUCCUGGUGUGAUGAUUUACAUGCUACCACAGGCCCCUGGACACUCUAAGGCUGUGAGUUAUCAUGGUUGGGGUACAAAGUACGAUUCAUUCUGGUGUUGUUAUGGGACAGGUAUAGAAUCCUUUUCAAAACUUGGUGAUUCUAUUUACUUUGAGGAGAAAGGAGAUUCGCCUGCACUCAAUAUCAUUCAGUACAUACCAAGUACUUACGACUGGAAAGCAGCUGGGCUUACUGUUACUCAGAAAAUCAAAACCCUCAGCUCUUCUGACCAGUAUCUUCAAAUUUCACUCUCCAUUUCUGCAAAGACAAAAGGUCAGACUGCCAAAUUGAAUGUUAGAAUUCCAUCAUGGACAUUUGCUGAUGGUGCAGGAGCAACUUUAAAUGACAAAGAUUUGGGGUCGAUAUCUCCAGGAUCUUUCCUAUCAAUCACCAAACAGUGGAACUCAGAUGAUCACAUAGCACUACACUUUCCCAUCAGGUUGAGGACUGAAUCAAUUAAAGAUGACAGACCGGAGUAUGCAUCCCUUCAAGCAGUCGUGUUUGGGCCAUUUGUUCUUGCUGGCCUAUCCACCGGUGACUGGGAUGCAAAAGCUGGCAAUGGCAGUGCAAUUUCAGAUUGGAUCACUACUGUCCCUCCAGCACACAACUCACAGCUGGGAGCUUCCAUUCUGAUCGAACCAUUUGACUUGCCAGGAACUGUGAUCACCAAUAACCUCACUCUAUCUGCACAGAAGAGCACAGAUUCCCUCUUCAACAUAGUGCCCGGUCUUGAUGGAAACCCUAACUCGGUUUCCCUUGAGCUCGGGACCAAACCAGGAUGCUUUUUGGUGACAGGCAUGAAUUACUCUGCGGGGACGAAGAUUCAAGUCAGCUGCAAGAGUUCCCUUCAGAGCAUUGGUGGGAUACUCGAGCAGGCGGCGAGCUUCUCGCAAACUGACCCAUUAAGGCAGUGCCACCCAAUCAGCUUUGUUGCGAAGGGGAUGAUCAGGAACUUCCUCCUUGAGCCAUUGUACAGUUUGAGGGACGAAUUCUACACAGUUUACUUCAACAUCGGGGCCUGA